GCCUUUUUUAAAAAAAUAUUUUAUUCCAUUUCUUUUCGCAAUAUAACAUAACAUGAUUAAAAAAACGGACCAAAAAUUUUAAUUAUAAUUAUAUAAUCAAAUUCAUUUCAUUAUAAAUAAAUGGAAAGGAGCCGAAACGAUGGAAACGAAUAAGCAAAAAAUGAUUAAAUCUUGGUCACAUAAAUAUCGGACAUUUAUCAAAUAUUUUACUCAUGGAUUCUAAAAUAGUGAACAUGAUAGAAUUAUGGGCAGAGGUGUUCAAAGUUUCUCCAGAUGGUCAAGGAUACAUGUGGGAAAAAUUGUCCAAUGGUUUAAUAUUAACUAAGAUAAUAUCAGAAUUCAUGACGGAUGAACAAUGUAUUCAUAUAUUAGCUAAAAAUGUAGACCAGCAAUAUAUCCUAGAUGUUAUUCUUUCGCCUCAAACUAGUGAGUUAAAACAAACAUCGGAUUGUUUUGUAUAUUGGAAGGACCAGAAAACACACGUAGUAUGGGGUUUAAAUUUUUCUUCUUCCUACGAUUCCCAAAAAUUUAUGGAAAAAUUUGAGCAUUGUAAAAAGUUAAAUCGUCCUCAUCAUAAUAUAAACCAUUUACACAAACACGUUUCAUUGAAUGACUUCGGAGGAAAAUUUAAGUCGACGGCCCAAGAUGUCAAAUACAAAAGCGAGGCAAAUUUUGCUGAGAAUGAUCAUAAAUUCGUAAAACUGUCAUAUUCCUCUGAUAUCAUGACUAAAAAGGACGCGAAAACGAUAGAAUUACACUCUCAUGAUAAAUGUCAAUUGGCUUGUAAUAAUAACCUUAAAUCAUCUCACUAUGUCCCCCUUUCUCGGAGUAAAACAUUGAAUUUAAAUCAAACUAUAUUUACAAACACCGCGUACACUAAUAUGAAGCCCUGCGUUCACUCUAAGGAAUAUAAAUCGGACGGUGAAGACAAUCUCAGCGUGAUAUUUUCUACCUUGAAUCCACCACCAGUGAAAUCGUAUUCGAAUGAAAAGCUAUUGAUGCCGCAAAAUAUGAAUUCAAGAUAUUAUUCAAAAAGUUUUAAUAACCAGCACAUCCCUUUAUUUGAUCUGACUCAUAUAUCUGGCACUAGCGACGUUAAACAUUUAGCGAGCAGUAAGUCGCAAAGCUUUGUAAAGUAUGAACACGCCGAUAAAAAUAAUCUAUAUAAUUAUAACAUGUUUUACGAAUUUGACCAUAAAAAAGAUAACGGGUUUAGGGAGUACACUUUUGGCGAUUCCCCUGUCAAACAUAAAAGUGAAGAGACUUAUUUUUCGGCUAAAAUUUUGUCGGAAGACGCUGAUUUUAACAGAGAAAAUAGUAUCUCAUUGAAAACGGACCAAUCAUCAAAUGUGACCGAUACCUCGAUAUACAAUUAUAAAUUACGAAAAUUUAAAAACCACGAUGAAAUUGCGAAUUCUUCAAAUUUCGCGCUAGCGAGUAAUAAUAAAUGUUUGAAUACUUCAUCAGAUUUUAAUCAAAAAGAGAUCCCGAUUCCUCGAAAAAACGACUAUAGAAGAUCACAAUCUCAUCAUUAUAUAUCGAAAUCGGCAACCAUGCCUUCUACAAGUCAGCAAAUGCCUGCAUCAAAGCCUAAUUUGGAGAUGAAUAAAGGUAGUAACAUAACUCAAUUUUCCCCAUAUGGCUAUUGGAGUAGAGCUAUACGGAAAACUGGCUGGUUAAAUGUCAAACAUUGGUUAACGAAUAAAAAGAAUAAAUUGGAUCUCGCAAGUAAAAGGUCAUGGAAAAAGUAUUGGGUGUGUCUCAAAGGACCAACUUUACUAUUUUACGCUACAUCGGAUCAAGAAAAUUCUCAAGCCAAAAAGGUCUUACAUCACAUGUUGAUCAUCGAAGGAGCCAUAGUCCAAGCCGUUCCCGAACACCCUAAAAAAGAAAAUUUAUUUUGCUUGAGCAUAAAUUCCGGUGAUGUUCUUAUGUUCCAAGCUGGAUCCUAUCCUGAGUUAGAAAAUUGGAUUUCAGCUAUCCAUAUAUCCUGCGCCGCAUCCUUAGCCAGGCAUCACGGAAAAGAAAAUAUUAUAAAAAUCUUGACUCAUGAAAUUUUCAAAUUGAAUUACAAUAUCGAAAUGGAUACAAGAAUGAAAAAUAUGGGGGAAGCUCAAUUAACAAUAGUUUCUGAUUCCAAUAAUAGACAAGCGAUACUGAAGCAAAUAAAGAAAUGGGAGUUCAGGAUUGAAGAGAUGGCCUUGGAAAAAUAUAGAUACCAAAGUUAUAAAGCUUCCCUUCUAAAUUCCGAGCUUCCAAAUCCCAAAUCAUUGAUGGUUUAUAGUUCGAAAUCUAUGAAAUCGUAUCUAUCUAAAAUGAAUAUCUCCAACACGGUAUCCUCCUUCCACGCCCACGUUUCCAUCCGAAUGCAAUCCUAUAAUUGUUCAACAAAUGAUUACAACAGGAAGUUGGGAGCGUAUUUUUCAACGUCUACCACUUUCAUGGACGCCAAAUCGAAUGAGUCCAACUCCGAUGUCGAAAAAAAUUUAAAACGAAUAAUGUCACCUGGCUCGUCUAAAGCUCACUUUAAAAAUUCUCUCUCGAAUCAUAUUUCGCAAUCUCAUCACAAUAUCAAGGAAUAUUUGUCCCAACCGAACACCCCGACCAAUGGUCCUAAAAACUCAAAGAAAUCUGUAGAGAAUUUAAUGAAUUCUUGCGUAAACUCGUUACUGGAUAGCAAUGUAGAUGAAAACGUUAUUGUUACACCAAACGGGACUGUGAAUUUUGAGGAUAAAGUCAUUAAGAUCAAUUUACCGAGAAACGAAAAAUUAGUUAUGUCACUGAAUGAACGUAUGACUAUUGAAGACCUUCUUCUCACUGUAUGUUACAAAAUACGAUACAACCCGAGUGAAUAUUUUUUUAAAUUCAAGCACGCAUCACCAAAUGGGAAAUACACGGUGCCCGAUCUCCACACAUAUGUUCAUGAAAAUUCAAUUAUAGGAAUAGAUUUAUGCCCGAAAAGUGUCUUUAACGUUGAGCUUCUCCGCUCCUCAACAAUGCAAAAAUUUGGAUUCAGUAUACAAGCCGAAAUUUGUUCGAAAAUACACAAACCUGAUGAACUAGUCGUUUAUAUCGCUGAGGUCAAUAAAGAUAGUAUCGGUUAUCAAAAAGGUUUAUCAAAUGGUGAUGAAAUUUUGUCUAUCAAUAAGAAAAGCGUGGCCGAUCUCGAUAUGAUGUUUGUCGAAAAUUUUUUGCAACAAAGCUCAAAGGUUUUGCUGCUAAUAAGGUCUUGCCAAAUUGAACCGCCCAAAAGGGACGGAGAAAAGAAUUUUUUAAAGGAUUUGAAAGAAAAAAUAAACGAAAAAUCGGCUCAAAGAUUAAACAAAAGGUCUUCCUUACAAAAAUUAAAUUCACAUUCCGUUUUCUACGACAAAGAUGUGGAAGGAGAAGAAGAAAGAACGAAAGACAUUGCAAGCAAUAGAGUCACUAACCAAGUAAAAAUAUGGGAAGCCAUAACAUCAUCCUCAAGUAAUGACAUUAUCAGUAAACAACAAACGCAGUAUGUUACCAAAAAGGAAAAUUGCGAACAUAAAAUGGAAAAUACUAAACUUAAUAUAAAAACAUCAUCGUCAAAUAUUGAUACGAAUAUACCAUUACAAAAUUUUUUAUUCUUGCUAUCCGAUUUUGUGAAAAGCGAAAAGGCUUAUAUAACUAACAUCAAUUUUAUAAAAGAAAACUAUAUAGCUCCCAUUAGAAAUCACUUUUUAAACAACGAGGAUAUAUUAAAUUUGAUUAAAACUGUCGAAGAGAUUAUAAUGUUCCAGGAAAGCCUUAUCAAAAAUAUAGUCGAAAUAUCCCAAAUUACAGAGGAAACAGCGUCACCUUAUUCAAUAAACGAAGCUAUGUUAUCAGCUGUUGCAGAAACAUUAAUCCGGUGUUCACCUUAUUUCAAACUCUAUAGUACCCUAUAUUCUUGUUAUUACAAAGCUCAAAAAAUAUUAAAAUCGAAUGAAGCUGCAGGAAUUGUGACGAAAGAUGAGGACAUCAAUAGAAUGAAAACUUACAAUCAGCAUGUGUAUUUCGAAUAUUUCUUAUCGAGCGUUCUAAAUAGGAUGCCAGAAUACCCUAUAAUCAUUAAACAACUAUUGACCCACUCCAAAGAAAAUAGUGUAGAUCAGAAAAAAUUGAAUUGUUCUAUCAAGACAAUCGAAUUGAUCAUGGAACAUAUCAACGGUAUGCAAAGGAUUCAGAAUGAAUUUGGAAACAUAUUUAAUAAAUUAGUUCAGGAUUAUGUUAUCAUCAGAUCUAAGCCAAAAACAAACAUUUCCGGAAAUGACAGCGAUGACAAGGACAAUAAAUUGAAAUACAAUCUCAGGGAUUCCAAAUCAUCUAUUAAUCUCUCAAUAGGAGAUCUCUUAUUGUGUGAUCACGUGGAUUGGUUUAAUAUACCCGGUGAGUUAGGAUCCAGCAAAAAAUCGUAUUCGGUAUUACCUUGCAUACUAUUUAUAUUCAAAACCGCUAUUAUUUUGUUAUCCAUCGAUCCGAUAAAAUUUAGGGAAAUAAAGCAGCAAAAUGCAAAUAUUUAUAAGAAAAUAUCUUUACCCGAAGAAUGCAUAACUCAUAAAAUUUUGAUCCCAUCAAACCGUAUAUUAAAAUUGGCAACUUUGGCCAGUGAAUAUGAAGCUCUAUAUUUUUGGGAUUUACAUUAUAGCGAGGGAGAAAAUGUUAUUAAAGAUGCACAUGGGUUUGAUAAAAAUCUUCGAUUAUCCACUAGAUCAAAACAACUGAGACAGAGAUUUUUAGAUACUAUUCGCCAAAUAAAGUCUCACAAUUUAUCGGGCUCUAAAAGUUGCGAUGAUAUCCUCAAAUUAAAAUUAUAUUAUGAUAAAUUUAAUAACGAUCUACAGAAAUUCACCACUCCUCACCCUAUAGAAAGGGGAAUUUCCUUUCAGACCCCGAAACCUAAUGAUCUCAACAACGUUUCUAUGCAAGAAGGAAGUUCCGUCACGUACAAUUUUUUAAAUCGCAAUUCAACUUCUUCUUUCACCAACCAUGACCGCACGAUAAAAUCCCUUGAUUAUUCUUCUACUAUAAACAAAUCGGCGAGUCGUGGCGCGUCCCUAUCGUAUUCUUCCAUAUCAGUUUUAUCGAUAUUACCGAACACGGAAACAUCUAUCACUGUGACAUCGACCAUGGUGGACAUAUCAAAAUCUUAUUCCUGCAAUAACUUUAGCAAUGCCAAAAUUGACCCAUCUAUUGCUAUGAUGAAUAAUUUAACCAUUUCCUCCGUUAACAAUUUGCCAAAUGCUAUAACACGUUCGCAAUCACCCAUUUGGAAGCCUUUACAGUUCGAUAACCAUUAUCAUUCCUUCAUAUGAUCGAUCAUCCGAAUGUUUUUAAUAACAUUAUAUUUUUUAUUUAUUUUAAUGUCAAGAGGAAAAAUGAUU